GAGGAGGAGGAGGAGGGUGUUCACAAAUUACAUGCAGACUUUCUGCAUCAAGUGUCAGCCUUGCAAGAGGAACUUCUCUCUUCCCUCAGAGCGUUCUCUCAGCCUGGUGAACUUCUUCACCCUGAUGGACCCAAAGAGGAGUGAGUGACUAGCGGAGGUGCAGAAGUUUUUCAGGGGGGAACAGGACACAUGGAAUAUGGCUCACACUGUGAAAACCCCACUGCGGAGGUCCUUCAGUGAGCAUGUGAAAGUCUCCACCAACAAGGCUUGGGAUGUAUUCUGGAAGAGUGCGAGGGAGAAAAGGCUUUGGGAGAUCGAAGCGAAGGAGGCUUGCGAUUGGCUGAGAGCGGCCGGCUUUCCCCAAUACGUGCAAUUAUACAAAGAUUGCAGGUUCUCCAUUGAUAUAGACUGGGUAAAGACUGAUCACAGUUUUCUGGAUAAGGAUGCACUUGAUUCACUCUGCAGGAGAUUAAGCACUUUAAACAAAUGUGUGGAGCUGAGGCUGGAGCUGGGCAGAUCAAAGAGACGGUUGGAGGAGUCAGAGGAUGAGGAGCCCUGUGCCAUCAGCGCCAAAUGGGCCUACGAGAGGCAGACAAGGCGCUGGCGUCGACUAGAGGGGAUGGGCUUCCUGUGUUCCCCGGACAGUCAUGAUAUGUCCCCGUGUGAAGCCAACGACCGUCAUGAGGUCUGCUCCCUCCACAGCACCAGCAGCACUGAGAGUGAGGGCCGUGAGGGCCGCAAGACUGCCACUGACGACCAAGAGACCAGCAGGAGCUCGUCUCGCUGCUCCUCCACCAACAAGACCAUGUCCCUGGACACGUCGUUCAGCGGGCCCCCCUCCCCAGGGGGUGAGAUGCUCGGCUUCAGCAGUGCUGAGGAGCGCUUCCCGGACAAGCCCCCCAGGAAGAAGGGCCCUAGUCUGCUGAGGAAGAUGGAGAAGCUGCGUCUGAGGAGCACAUCCACCCUCUGCUCCCCAGGCCACAGUGGCCACAGCAGGACCAGGCUGGUCAUCUCUGGCCCCGUGCUCCAGGAGGGUCUGGAUGUGGAGCACAGGCUGAGACGGCUGCAGUGCCUGGACAUCUCCACCCUGCAGGACAGGGAUAGGGACCGGCCGGGCAGCCAGGCCUCGUCCUCACCAUCCUCCCCCCACUCAGGCAGAAGCAGCCCCAGCACAUCGGAGAGCAGCAGUACUGUCAGCACCCCAAGCCCGAUCACCAGGGUACGCAGCAACAGCAAACGAACCGGCGGGGUCCGAGAACAGCACCAGGAAGGUCUCCACAGCGGUCCGGUCCGAGAGCUCCAAGACUACAAGGACGAGAGGAAUAACCACGAGAGCCUGGUCUUCCAGAUCCCCCAGGGACACAAGCCAGGAACGUUCCCCACUGCCCUCACGCACAACAAUGUCCUGUUGCCCAUAGACAACACCUCCGUCAACUGGAGAACUGGGAGCUUCCACGGGUACCGUGGGCGACGGAGCAGGGGGAGCGCAGCGGCCAAGGACCAGGAUUCCCCCUGCUGCAGCCCCCCAGCCUCAUUGGACCACCGGGCCAGUAUCUAUGACAACGUGCCGAUAGGCCAGGUGAUUGGCCAGGAGGUGGAGCAUCACAGAGCGGCGGAGACGGGGGAGAUCAGCAAAAACAAUGAUGUGUUCUCUGCGCUGGACAGCGUGAUGGAGCGUAUCAGCGACCUGCAGCAACUCGUCAACACCUGGACGGACAAACUGUCAGAGGACUCUGACUCUGACUCUAACCGCAGCUCCACCCCCUCUCCCUGCCCCUCCUCCUCCUCCAACCACAUCCACCUGGAGAUCAAGGAGGCUGAGGAGCUGGGGCCGGGAGCCGUGGAGGGGGAUGGAGAUGGGGACAGGGAGAGCCUAGAAAAAGAAUCUGUGGAUGGAGAUGGCACAGAGGUUCAGUCACUACCACGCAAUAUCAGACGGAGCCAGCACCACUGGUCAAGCGAGCAGAGCCUUCCCUCAGUGACUGCCAGCAGCCCAGGGGUCGAGGCCCAGCCUGUCUCUCACCUCCACCUGCUGCGGAAGCUCUCGCUACUUAAACUCACCGCUCUCAUGGACAAGUACUCCCCCUCCAGCAAGCAGGGCUGGAACUGGACGUUCCCCAAGCCCCCGCGGAAGGCCAAGGCCCAAGAGCUGAAGGGCAGGAGGGUGUUUGGUGUAUCCCUCCUCCACAGUAUGCAGCAGACAGGGGAACCUCUACCCCCCAGCAUCCUCAAGGCUCUAUUCUAUCUGAGGACAGAGUGUCUCGAUCAGGUGGGUCUGUUCCGUAAGUCGGGGGUGAAGUCUCGUAUCCAGUACCUGCGUGACAUGGUGGAGGCGGACCCAGAGGGUGCGUCUUACGAGGGCCAAUCAGCAUUCGAUGUGGCUGAUAUGGUGAAACAGUAUUUCAGAGAUCUACCAGAACCUGUGUUCUCCAGCAAACUCUGCGAGUCCUUCCUGCAUAUCUACCAAUACUUCCCCAAAGAUCAGCAGUUCUGUGCGGCCCAGGCGGCCAUCUUCCUCCUGCCAGAUGAGCACAGGGAGGCCCUGCAGACACUCCUCCUCUUCCUCCGAGAUGUGGUGGGCUGCGUGGACGAGAACCAGAUGACCCCCACCAACAUCGCUGUGUGCCUUGCACCCUCUCUCUUCCACCUCAACACCCUGAAAAGAGAGGGCAAUCCAGCCAGGUCGAGCCACAGGAAGUACAGCCUGGGUAGGCCUGACCAAAGGGACCUGAGUGAGAACCUGGCCGCUACACAGGGCCUUGCCCACAUGGUGACAGAGUCCCUACGCCUCCUUCAGCUUCCAGAGUUCUGGCCGGACCAGAGUGUGCGCAGCCCCAGUGAGGAGGCUCUCUGGGUGGAUGGGGGUCGGAGUUCGCCCUCUCAAGAUGGGGAGGAGGAGCAGGAUGAGAGGGCCAGACUGGACCAGACCACCCAGCACCUGCUGAGAGAGGCCAGGGAGAAGAGCCAAGGCUGGGAGUCGUGCUCUGGACCAGACCAAGUAGACCUGGCCUUUAAGAAGGUGGAUGACGGCUGGCCGCUGCGGUUGUGGAAGGGCUCCAUUGAGGUGGAUGCCCCCCAGAAAGAGGCCCUCCAGCGGGUCCUGAGGGAGCAGGGUCUUUGGGAGAAGACUCUCAAACAGUCGGCAGUUGUCCAGACCCUGACAAAGGACACUGAGAUCUAUCGCUACCUCCUGCAGGGCCUGGGACCCCGACCGCCACAGGAGCACCUCCUGCUCAGGACCUGGCAGUCAGACCCGUCGGCCGGACCUGUUUAUGUGUCCGCUGUAUCUACAGAGCACCCUGAGGCCCCCAUGGAGGGGGUGAGAGCCCAGGUCCUCUCUUGUCUCUACCUGGUAGAACCCCUAGGGGCCAAGAGGUCCCGACUCACACACCUCUGUCGCACAGAUACCAGGGGCCGAUCCAAGGAAUGGCACAACAGAGUGAGUGGACACCUACUGGCCUCCAACCUUCUGGCCAUCAGAGACUCCUUCAGACCUGACCACAGAGAGACCAAGAUCUAAGUCAUAGCUCCGAGACAGAACCCAGGCCUCAUCUACCCCGAGAGGGGGACAGAUGAGGAAAGAACAACACAAACAGACAGAAGCCUGCAGGCAUACAGCUGUAGCAGAGAGGACUGCAGGAGGGGGUGGAAGGCAGGAGGGGGAGCUGAGAAGUUGUCUUAAACCCAAGACCUGAUAUGAAUUCCAGAAACCUUAUAUUUUUUUAUGGAGACAAUUGCCCCUCUGGACUCGCAGCAGGGGUUGUCUGAUGAAGUGUUCAGGUGGAGGCGGUUGAGCUUUUCAUUAUUAAGAGUGAUGUGGGAGGAGGAUGGAACAUCUCAUCCCAUUUGAGUGACUGUUUCAGGCCUAAUGCAUGGCAGGGGGGCCUCCGACAGAGCACUGCCAGACGCCACAGGUUUUAAGAGUUAAAAACAGGGCCUGUGUAACAGUUCAGAUAUACCAAGAGCAGAUCUACCUCUUUGGAGAGGAAAGCCUCGGUUGCAUCACACUUUGAAGCGGGACAAAGUUAAGGAUUCAGGAAAGCGUCCUCUUGCAGUUGUGAAUUGUGAAGAUUCUCAUGUACAUUUGUGCCAUUGUGGUGGAUAUUCUGCGAGGCACGUUGCUGUCCUCAAAAUUGUACUUUGUAUUUAUAAUUUUACUGUCAAAGGGAUUGUCUAAUUACUUCAUUUUAGUUGUAUGUGUGUGUUUGACUUGACACUACAGUGUUUCUCUGGUAAUGUUGUAAACUUCAAAAUGUAUCACAGUAUACUCACUAAAAGGGUCAGUUACACUAUGUUUAUAGAUGUACAUGUUCAUGAAUGUGUAGUUUAUCUAAUUACAUUUUAUUAUUAAUUACUUUUAUUAUUCCUCAAAAUUAUUUAACAAAAUAUUUGUAUUCAGAAAUAUGCAAAUAUAUUUACUUAAAUAUUGGUUUUCAAGCUUUAGGAAAACUGCAGCAUACCCUUUUUGUAAUACGUGUGUUGAAUCAAAAUGACAACUGAUUAAAAUGUUGAUUUCUCUA